AUGAACACGUACAAACUACAGGACGCUGAAGGAAAAAUAGAAGACUUAAUUCCGGCCAAAGAUCUGAAAAAGUUCAACGAAAUCUACGAUUUCGGAGAAGAAGAUCCCCAACAAAAAUACAAAGAAAUCGAAGACCAAAACCAGGAUGCUGAACAGCCACAACCACCGACGGACAAUCAGGCAAAGCGCGACCCGCCGAAUGAAACAGUGACUCAGGAAGAACAAACAAUAAACGAACGCGUAGCGGCUCCCGAAGAGCCCGGUAUGAAUGAAACCGCGAUCCCGAUGCAACAACAAGAUACGAGGGAGGCCAGGCUAAUGUUCGAGGAGCUCUGCAAGAAGCUCUUCAAUUGCCAGAUCAGCGAGGAGGUAAACGCCUUGCUGACCAUGUCGAUGACAGCAUGGGACGAGGCCGACAAAAAGGCGGAAAAGGAGGAGAUGGAGCGAACUCGAAGCUCCAUCGUCAUCGAGGAAAUCUCCGGAGACGAGGGAGCAUCCGGCCCAUCGACAGCGAGUUCGAUCGUAAUCGCAGCUGGGGACAAAGAGCUCCCAGCCCUCGCUACAGGCGGGCCCAUCGCCGCCCCGGCUCCCCCACCAGGGAAGAAGAACCAGGCGACGCAAUGGGAGGAGACUGCCACCUUCCAAAAUGAGGUCGUCCCACUACAGGACAUCUCACACCUCAGCGCGGAUCUCCAACAACGUAUAAAGGAGAUGGACGCCAAGUUACGCCGUCUGGAGGUGAUGUACAGGCAGACAAAAGCCCUGGAGCGCUCGGCGCUCCGUCAAUUCCGCCAGUUAACGGCGAACGCUAACGCCGCAGAGGCCAUCGGCGCGUGGGACGAUAUCGUGUUCCACAUGGAAAACGAGAUCUCGGCCAUCGACGCGUACUAUGAAGAAGUCGACCGCGAGAACGAGCGCCAGCGAAGAGAAAAGCAGCGCAAGAGAGAAGAAGAACGACGGCGUAGAGAAGAGGAGCGCCGACUGGAGAUCGAAGCGCUCCAAGCAGAGAGAGCGCGGGCUGAAGAAAUGGCCAGACAGGCCAAGGAACGAGCGGAACAGCUGGCUAGACAGGAGCAGCAACUCCAAGCCCAGCUCCAAGAUCAAACAGGAGCUGAAGAAGCUCCACUGAACCAGCAGCGACGACGUACGCCGAGGACAACGCAGCGCAGCUGCAUCAUCUGCGGCGAGCCACAAGUAUCAACCGGCAGAAUGUGCCCGAAUCGGAGCAACCCACUAUAA